GCCCCCGGAGGAGAAAGGGGAAGGGGAAGGCGGCCGCCAUGGGCGUCCAGGGUCUGACGGGCUUCGUGGAGGAGCGCGGGGCGUUCUUCACCGAGCUGCGGGUGAGGGACACCAAGCUGGUGAUCGACGGGAGCAGCCUCUACCACCGGCUGUGCUUCGCCUCCGCCGGCGACUUCCGCCGCGGCGGCGACUACGGCCCCUUCGCGGCGGCCGUGCGCGACUUCUUCGGCAGCCUGCGGGCCUGCCGCGUCGCCCCCUUCGUGGUGCUGGACGGCGGGCGCGGCGCCGGCGACAGGAAGCUGGCCACGCUGCGGAGCCGGGCGGCCGAGCGGCUGCGGGCGGCCCAGGGCCUCGGCCGCGGCGAGGGCGGCUGCCUGGUGCCGCUGCUGACCCGCGAAGCCUUCGUGCAGGCGCUGGCUCGGCUCGGCGUGCCCUUCGUGCAGUGCUUCGCCGAGGCCGACCGGGAGAUCGCCGGCUUGGCCAACCGCUGGGGCUGCCCCGUCCUUUCCCUCGACAGCGACUUCUGCGUCUUCGACCUGGCGGGCGGGUACUGCCCGCUCACCCACUUCCAGUGGCGGAGCGUCUGCGCGGGAGAGGGGCCGCAGGACUGCUACGUCCCCGCCCGCUGCUUCUCCGCCGAGAAGUUCUGCAGGCACUUCCGCCACCCCAACAGGAGCCUGCUGCCCCUCUUCGCCGUCAUGAACGGGAACGACUACCUGGAGCUGGCGGCGCUGGAGGUGUUCUUCAGCAAGGCGCGGCUGGGCCGGGGCGGGAAGCACGGCCGGCUGCAGGGGCUGCUGAACUGGCUGGCGCAGUUCGCGCAGCCCGGCGAGGCUGUGGACGGCGUGCUGGCCUACCUGAAGAAGCACCAGAGAGAAGAAAUAAGGGAGCUCCUGUGCGCCUCGAUGGAGGAUUACACGCCGUCCGACGUGAAGCUGGAGGACUUUUUUCGGGAGGGGAGGUACGAAUGCCAGGCCGCCAGGGAGGCGGACUUGCCGCAGUGGGUACUGGAUGCUUUGGCGAAAGGUCGGCUGGCCCCGUUCAUCAGCGACGCCCUCCUUCUGAGAAGCACCUUCCUCCACGUUCAGGUGGAGAACACGCAGAGACCUAGCGCCCACAGCGCAGCUUUGCCCAUCCGACAGGUUAUCUACGGACUGCUGCUGACAGUGCCUCCGCGUACCGAAGGUGCUCCUCUGAGUGAGCAAGCUGGCGAGCUGCCAGUUGUGCGUGAGUUUGACAGACUCCAAAAGACACUUAAAAAAACGUCUGUUCAAGCAGCAAGCCUCCCCGCGGGGUUUUGUGAUGAUCGUUUUUCUUUGGGCAAGUUAAUGGAGAUGCCCAUGUCAUGCCGUCAGAUGCUUUUGCUUGAGACUCUAGGAGUGAAAAUGAAUUUUCUAGAAUCUAUUCCCAGUCACUUACAACUCGCUAUUGCUGUAACAUGUUACUGGAUAUGUUGUUCAGAACCAAAAGUUACAUUGCAUCUAUUAAAGGCUUUACUUCUAAUGAUAGUAUCUGGAGAACUGCACAGGAUAAACGAUCCAGAUACCACAGUUUUAUGCACUGAAGAUGAGAGUGUUGCAUAUAACGAAUUUCUAAAAUGGAAGGAAAAGAAAUUCAAAAAUAAAUACUUCGAUUUAGAUGCUGCACACAGUUUUUGCCAGUGGCAGUGCUGUCUUCAGAUGGGAUUGUAUCUCAACCAGCUACUUGGCACUCCUCUCUCUGAGCCAGACCUGAGUAGGCUUUACAGUGGGACGCUUGUGCACAGAUUGUAUCAAGAGCUUAAAUCAACACCUUCAGUGGAAAAUCUGUUUAGUUUAUCUCCAAAAACUACACAGCUUUAUCAGGUAUUGUUAAGUACAGUAGAGUCAAUUGUACCUCCAGACUUCUUUCAGAAGCCGACCGAGACCAAAUCUGAGUCCUGCAAAAAGAAGAAAGCAUCUAAUAAGAAAAAAAAAGCCACCACAUGUGCUGUACCGGCAGCUCGGCAUUUAUGCCAGGUCAAUAGGUUUGCAUCACUUGCAGUGGAUGAGUGAAAGGAUUAUUCCUGGAAUAAUUUUUAAUGCUGUGCAGAUGGAAGAAAUUAUAUUAAAAUAUGGGACUGUAUUCAGAUUUGCACAGCAGUUUUCACACAAGUUCCCAAUUCAAUCUUUACCUACAAUUUGUGCUUUGUGGAAUUUUUUAAAUUGACUUUUAUACAGUGCCUCUUUUAUAAAAGUGUUAGUUAUAAAAAAAAAGUUGUAGUGUUUUGCUUGGUUUUUAAAGGUAUUGGUCUAAUUGAAAAUGAGAGCAAAGCUGUUCAGCAUUUCAGAGCUGGGCUAGUGUAGAGGAUUUGUUUUCCUAAACAUUUAUAGUUGGCUAUCCCUCCAUCUCCCUGAACACUUCUAAUUUUCAAAAAAAUCCUAUUUUUAAAUGUGAGAAACACAGUGAUUACAGUCUUACAGAUCAGAUUAAAAUGGAAAGUGAAAAGUUUUAAAAUACUGUAGAAUCAGUCUUUACAGGUAGAGCACUGGUAUGUUCAGGAAGAGCUAGCUUUACUCAGUGACAACCGAGUUGUGCUUGCUGCAUCACAGGUACUGAACUAUACUGGGGGAGAAACUUCAGCUUUUAUCCCCUCCCCUGCCCCCCUUUUGGUAUGUUUAAGGAAAGAGAGUUAGAUGCCUCUAGGCACACACAAAGCUAUCACACGAUAGCAAGUUUUUGAACGUGGUUUUCUCAUAAAAUUAUUGCUUUUCCAGGGUCUUUUCCCUAUACAAUCUAAUUACUAUAUUUGUGCUUUUUCUCCUCAAAAAUUCAUAUUUUUUUACAUUCAGGAAAAUCAUGGUUUCCACCUUUAAUCAUUAAGGUUUUGCCCAUCACUUUCCAGAAUUCAAGCCUCAUUGGGUGUUUGGUUUUCAGUCCUGGUUACGCCAGCUACCUGACAACUAUCCACAGGGAAGGAACCCGCUAGAUCUCGUGGCUUACAGGAACCAUCUCUGGUAUCAUACCGCUGAGGCUUGACCCUGCCAUAAUAUAUUCAGUGAGAAUAGAUUUAUAACAUCUAUUCCAUUAAUGAAAAAAUUAUUUUUGAGAUACAGUCUGAUAGUAUUUAAUAUUUCUUCCAGCAUGAAAGCUGCUACUUACUAAACUACCAGCAGAUGGCACCUAGGCUCAACCAUGCAGUCAGUUACUACAACUUUACAACCCAUUUCUAAGUAGACUUCUAUUUGCAGCAAUCUACACAGUCUCACUUCCAUCAGAUGACUUUAAAUAAAGUUGAAAAGGCUUAAAGUUCUUGAUUUUAGUAACUAAAACUUAAAUCCUUAAUUAUCCAAAUCUGUUAUGAUCCCACGUGUUUCAUUUUACCAAGCUUGUAGUUCCUUUCAGUUUUUAAUCACUGGAAAGAGUCACAUUUAAAAUAAGUCUUACAUAUGAAAAUACUGGCAUCUUUGGUGCCACUUUGUUCGUGCUGUGAGAAGAAAGAUCUUAAUUUACUGUGAAUCCCAUACUGGAAAAGUACUAGAGAACAUAAAUUCUUGAGACUUGCUGAGGAGUACCUUCAAUUAGAUAGUUCAGAAGAUGGGGAUAAACUCAAGUGUUCCACUUUCGGAUAAAAAGGCUGCUGUGAUCACAUGGCAUUUUGAGAAUACCUUUGGGAGUGCUGACUCGAUGAUGAAGAAUUACUCUAUUGGAAAUGUGUUCUCAAUGAAGAACUCCAGCUGAUCUUUUUUGCUAAUAAAAAGAAAUACACAGCAUUGUAAAUACCAAUCCUGUAUGUGGAAGAAAAUAAUUACUGACUCUUGGGUUACUAUUCAGAAUUUAAAUCAAAUGUUCUGAUUUUCCUUUUUGAGGUAUCAUAGGCUUCCAGUCAUCUUUGGGGGAAAAAUUAAAAAAAAAACAAAAAAAAAACAACAAAACAAAAGUGCUCCUAUUAAAACUGAAAAGUUCUGUUUUCCAUGCUUUAGUAAGAACAACUAAAUUCUUCGGUUGCUGUCUAUUUUCAUCCCACAUUAAAUGCCUCCUUUUUUGUGGAAAAAUCA